AUGCCAAUGAAGAUAUUUGUAUGUCGCUGUAAGGGUAUGGCAUGUGAUGCUAAUCUGGAGAAAAAAAUUGAGAAACUCGCAGAAGAACAUGUUUGUCCAAUUCUUUUUGAUAUUAUAACUGCUUCUGCUGCUCCACUCAAGCUACUCAUUCUUACUGUUUCUUUUAUUAACAUUAUAAAGCCCCUUUCAAAUAUUACAAGCUGCGUAGAAUAUGAAUCACCAACAAUGAUUCUAAAUGGAUCGGAAACUGUAUAUGUUAAGCAUACAUCAUAUUGCUACACCGAAAUGCGCUUGGAAUUCUGGAAAAACGGUGACGUGAAAUACAAUGUGAAGGGUGGUGCUGCUACACGAGCAAUGGUCGAUGAAAAUCGCUUAUAUUUGGAUCAUAUCGCAUAUGCUGCGUAUGACUUAGCUGGGCGAGCUGAUAUGCCAGCAUGCAUACAUUUCCGGGGCGAUCCAGAAUCCGAAAUCAGCAAGUCACGAGCGAUCUGUUUUUGUCGCUGGUUCAAGCAUCGUUCGGAACCAUGCAAUGAACAGCAGGAGGAAAGGGCGAAGGCAAUGGCAUUGCUAUUUCACGAGGAAAACUUUCAUCGACUCCAUCUUACUCACAGCAGUGCAUUGGAGUUUUUUAUGGACAAAAUGGAAGAUCUGUGGUGUCAUUACAGGAGAAUGUUUGCGACCAUUAAGAUCAAUUACAAAAGAAGGAAAAUGGAAUCACGAGGCGGAUGUGCCGAGCGAGCGAGAAGUACAUUGGACAAAUCAAUAUCCAAAAUGAAAGGUAUUUGA